CUUGCAUUCCUCACCCUCCACCGGUGCCGUGUCCAAGGGCCUUCGAGGAUGAAUCCGGGCAUGAAUCUCAACACGAUGGGCGGCAUGGGCAUCAACAUGAAUGGCAUGAACAUGGGAGGAAUGAACCCAGGCAUGUCCCAUCAUCCCGGCAUGUCUGGGAUGAUGUCUAACCAACCAGGGAUGGGCGGCGGCGGCCAACACCCGUCCCAACACGGAAUGUCAAGCAUGAACUCGAUGAUGGGAAUGGGGAUGGGAAUGAACCAAGGCGGCAACCCACCCAACAACAUUGGUGGUGGUCCCGGCAAUCCCGGCAUGGGAGGCGGCAUGGGCCAUAACCCGAUGCACAUGGGGCAUCAAAACCAGCACUUGGGCCAGCCUCCCCAUGGUGGCGGCGGCCAGCACCACAUGAUGAAUACGAUGAACCCAAUGCAACACGGCGGUAUGAACCAUCCCAUGAACUCGAUGGGCAGUAUGCCCAAUAUGGGCGUCGUCGCACCAAAUGGCAUGCUUGGCGGCAUGCAUCCCUCCAACUCAAUGCCGGGGUAUCCACCCACGAACAACGGUCUGUCUUACGGAAACCCCAUGGGGCCACCUUCUUCCAACAUGUCAGCGAGCGGCCAGAGCAUCGCGCACAUCGAAUGGCGCGCCCAGUUUACACGAGACCAACGGGCCAGCCUCAUCGCGAAAGUCUACCACGAAAUGGUCCGCGUAUCCACAGAGCCGCCCGGCAUUGCGCUUUGGAUCAACGUGGCCUGGUUUGAGCUAACGUUGUUCAAGGAAUGCCAGACGAGGGAGGACUACAUCAAUCAGAUUAUCAAGCGUCUCCAGCAGCUCAAGACGCAAGGCGGCGACAUGCCGAGCAGCCAAAACGGCCGGCAUCCUGGCAUGCCCGGUGGCCACCUUCCCAACGGCGGCAUGCAGCACCCACAACAGCCACACAACCCCUCUGGCCAGUACAACAUGUACAAUAACCCAAACGCGCCCAACCCCCUCUCGAUCAACCCAAGCAACGGCCAAAUUCAGCACAACCCAGGUCACCCGACGGGAUUCCAGUCGCAGCAAACGUCUGGCCAAAACUCGUCGGCGGCGACGCCGAAGCAGGGCAAAGGGUCCAACAACCUCAACAACAAACAGCAGCCUCCAACCAGCGGGAACAAUGGCCCCGCCAAAUCUAUGAGCCGCUCGCAAUCGACUGGCGCGAUGAUGCCUCCACAAGGGGGUCCGUCGUCGCAACCGUCCCAUCCACAGCACCAGCAGUCGCCUGAAACAUUGGUCAACAUCCAGGCUGGCAAUAACCCUGCAGAGUACUGGCGGCAGCACGGCAUGCUCAAGGCAAAAUAUUUAAAUGACGUGAGCACCGUGCACAGCGCGUUCAAAAAGUACGUGGACCACAUGAAGCAAGACAGCGAGAGCGACCAGAAACAAAAGCUGUCGUUCUUGCUGGGGUACGUUCAGCUGUGCGCGACGGUGCUGGACGAAGAUGCGUCGACGCACCCGCCACGGACCCUGGAAGAGCUCGAGAAGGUGAAUAAAUACGUCGUUCGGAUCGUCCUUCCGUACUUGAAGAAGCUCAAGACGGAGAAGGACCGAAGAUCGUCGGGUGGGAGCAAUACGCCGCAAGGUGGUGUGCCAACGAAUGCGCCGUCCAACAACCCGAAUUCAAACAACAUGGGGGGAGGUUUCGAAGCCAUGAUGGGGAUGCGACCGGGAAGGGGGCCGACUUCGCAGCAACAGCAGCAUGGGCCGUCAAUGCAACAAAACCAACAAUCCAUGCAGCAGCAGCAAAACCACUUUCAGAGCAUGAUGCAGGCGCCGGUCCCCAAGCCGCCGCAGCAGCCCAGCGGCGGAAACAUGCAGCAGUCGUCGACGGGUCUUAUCCUCGACGACGGCGGGUACAACAUGGGAAGCGGCGGGCCCUCGUCCAUGCACCACUCGAACGCCAACAACCCGAUGUACUACGGGUCAAAUCAACCCAACAUGAACUCGAUGGGGUUCAUGGGCAACGGGUACGGCGGCGGCAUGGGCGGCAACGACGACAUGAUGUCGAGCCUCGGUCAAGGAUCAAACGACAUGAACUUUCUUGACAUGGACGGGUCCUCGUUUGCCAUGGGCGACGCGACCGCGUCCGGCCAAGGCGGUGGGUCGUCGGGCGAAGAUGGCGACGGCGGCGACCUCAUGAACAUUGUCGAAGCGUUGUAGGACCGAUAUAGUAAUAACACGGAGUGAACAAAACGGUGUGAUGUGAAGUAACCA